AUGCCGGACAGCCCUUACAUUGGUAGAAACUAUCGACGAGUGCCGCCGCACAACCAUCUACCUCUACCCAACCCAGCGCUUGGAGGGCAGGUUGGUCUGUCGUGUCCAAACUGUCCACCUUCGAAUAACAGAUCACUUGUGCAUUUCCCGGGUGGGGAGGAUUCCAUCAAAGUGAGGUGUGAAACGGUCAAGCAUUACUACCGCACCUUCAAACUGAACCAGCUGAAUCACGAGAUCGCCUUGAUCAACGCUGGUCAGAAAUAUCCUAUCGCCUUCGACCGUUCUGCACAUGGCCCUCCCGUGAACCUCCAGGGAGCUGUGGUACCGGCGAGAACCAGCAACAGGGCUCAUCACGCCACAAGCUCCACAUCAACUCAGCCGAAACGCGGACCUCCAUCGAUUGAGUGUGCUCGCUCAGGCCAAGGCCCGACUUCUGGUAAACAUAAAAAAUGGGGACACGUUGGAUGUACAUUACGAUAUUGCAAAUCGUGCUGCAAUGCCUACGGACCACCGGGGGCCUGCUAUGUCCAUCGAACCAAAUCUGCUACGUCUACCACCACCACUCGACAAGCUGCCCAAGCUACGUCUCCACCCAGUGGCGAUAAUAUGGCUCCUCCUGCCAACUUACUUGCGACUCCACCGGGUCACCAUCAUCCGUCACCUCCUGCCGAUUUACCUAAAGCAAAGAGGCCCCGGGUCAUCCCUCAGUGCUCCCAAAGCAUUCACCGAGUAGGACGCCUCCUUGACGAUGACAGUGCCUUGGUGCUCGAAAGAGCUCGACAGGCCCAAGCGGAAGCCCACAAGCGGGCCUCCCAAGCUUCAGCACCUUCAGCGGUGAAAGGUAAGGUGAUCAGCCUUCACCUGGUUACCAACGAACCUCGCACUCCAGUGAUCUCGCACAUAUUUCCCACUUGGCCAGUGGCCACUCUCGAUCAUUGCUCCUCGCUUGUACGCCAGGCGAAAGAGGCAGCCGGUGCGCAGUGGGAUGGCAGCCUGCUCAUAUGGGACAAAGAUAUAAAAAAUUGGGUACGCAGAUUAUGUAACAGAUGUAUGAGAGCACGGGCUGACCAGCUGCUGUUCAUCCCAAUCUUCUUGAAGCGCGAGGUUCCUGUGACACUGCCACACAGAUACAUCGACACUUUGCAAAACCUUAUUAUCUGUGUUCCCAGCCAACGAUUAGCGUUAGCUCAUGAGCUUCAAGAUGCCUUAGAAGGGCUUGGUAUGGGCAAACCAAGCAUACCUAAAGUCCCAACGGAAUCAACCGAAACCACUGCCACCAUAGUCAACAAAUCACCUGUGAUUCAAGCCUCGGCCAAACCAACAACAUCGCAGAAAACAUAUGGGUCUUCUUUGGACCCCAUAUGUUUUCUUGAUGACUUGGACACGGAAUCAGAAACUCCACGGAACUUGUCAUCAUCCAGUCCAACCGCCACACGCCCUUCCACCCCUGAAAGCCUAUUAGCUUUGCCUAGCAACAAAGAAGAGCCACCCUUGAAUAACGACAUACAUCAACCGCAGGUAACAACGUCAUUACGAGAGUGGCCAGGCGACGAUGUAUUGUUUUCAUCGGUCCUUGAAUGGUACCAGUCCGCAUCCCAGCGUGGCAUUCGCAUCCCCCAGUGGAAGGUGACUUUUGGAAGUAUGCACGAGUUGCACGAGCCCACAGCUUACCGCUAUUUUGCCUGGGUCAAACACACCGGCUAUGUGCGAAUGAUGAAUUGGCUUAAGGGUUGGCCAGACGGAGGUGAAAUCAACCCACAGAAUGUCACGGUCAGUCGAGCGCGGCGUCAUUUUCAGGAGGAGUUCAACGCAGGUACAGGUGCGCUGGAGCCCAUAAAUAUUCGAGGUUUUGGUGGAACUCCAAUAUCUUCCUCCAUCUAUCCCUCUGGCCUCUCAUCUGUCUUUGCAUUUGAGACGAUCUCUCAUCUCAAAUUCUUCUUCCCUUUUUCUUCGAGUCAGUACAACUUUUCUUUAGGGUUUGCGUCCCCUGCUUUAUAUCUGACCGACUCCGAAGAACUAGGUUGGCAGGCGUUACCGUUUGACGAACCCAAAGAUGAUUCUCGGGACCUGGUUUUUGGCUAUGAACGACGCAUGGGUAAAGGAGUCACUUGGACCGAUGUGGAUAGCUACAAAUGGGGAUUCUACCACGUGAAAGUCUCGGUCAACGAUCAUAUCUGGACCUGUUAUGAUGGUCGCAACACACACCCUGCUGUUUGGCGUCAAGGUUUUUCACGGAUCAUUCUUGAGGCUAUGGCUUUAGAGCAAUCGAAAAACAAUAUUGGGGAUCAUCUGCAGUUUGCUCAAUGUCUUACCCACGCAGACUGUUUACUGCAAAAAUUCAAGACCAUUGUUCAACAGCGUGGAAUGUUAACGGUUUCCCAACGAACCAUCUUGAAUAGUUUGCGGGCGCACGCUGCCAGUCGCAACCACUCCUGGUUCAAUCUGCGCGAACCAGUAGAGUCUCCGGAGUACAUCACUUCCGAUUGUCAGUUCGGCCCUCAACAUCGUGCCCCAGGGUUCUUAGGCAGCCUCCUCCACUGUUUCACUCACUGGACGUACGAAUAUCAUGGUCGAUUAGGUCUGAUAUGUGGUUUCCGUGGUUCCAAUGGAAUCAUUUCGGAGCUGAGCAUUAUGGACACCGCACGCGGUUGGUUUCUCGACAACCCGGGUACCGCUGCAUUGCAGCUAUUUGCGUCUAACCACAUGUGUGAAAGCCUAUGUAAGGAGGUUGGUUUGAUUGCACCGCCACCUUUCUACUCGGCCGAAGGAUCAGCAUAA